UUGCGCGUACGUCACUAUCAACGUGCGAUCUGAGGAUGGACACAAACAGAGCAGCGAAGCUUGAGUUUGCGGUGCAGAUGUCAUGUGACAGCUGUGUUAAUGCAGUAAAGGCCGUCCUGGAGAAAGAUCCAGGAGUGCAGUCAGUGCAGGUAAACCUGUCUAAGGAGGAGGUUUUGGUGGAAACGGCUCUGACGUCUCUUCAGGUCCAGACUCUGAUCGAGAGCACCGGCAGACGAGCCGUGCUGAAGGGAAUGGGAGGAUCAGACUCAGACCUGGGGGCUGCCGUGGCAAUGCUGAGUGGGGCGGGGCUUGUCCAGGGCGUGGUCAGAUUCCUGCAGCUGUCACAAGACCGCUGUUUGAUUGACGGGACGAUCGACGGACUGAGCCCUGGGGCUCACGGUCUGCAUGUGCAUGAACUGGGGGAUCUCACACAGGACUGCAGGAGUUGUGGAGAUCAUUUCAAUCCAUUCAGGAAGCAGCAUGGAGCUCCACAGGACUCUGACAGGCAUGUUGGGGAUCUGGGAAACAUCAGCGCUGGUCCAGACGGCAGAGCUUCAUUCAGACUGGAGGACUCUCAGAUCAAGGUAUGGGAUGUGAUCGGACGCUCUCUGGUGGUGGAUUCAGGAGAGGAUGAUCUGGGUCGAGGGAAUCACCCGCUGUCCAAAACCACUGGAAACUCCGGAGAAAGACUAGCAUGUGGGAUCAUCGCUCGCUCCGCCGGGCUCUUUCAGAACCCCAAGCAGAUCUGUGCCUGCGACGGAGUGACGCUGUGGGAGGAGAGAGACCGUCCCAUCGCCGGCAGAGGACGCAGAGUCGAAACACACACCUCUCAUCUGUGACCAUUGCACACACACACGCGACCAGAAGGAGAUUAUUCCUGACCAAUGAGAGCCUGAGCCAGUGUCUGAGGUGUGCACGCCCCCGACACACACACGACACCACAUGCUGAUUAUCAUAUAUCUAGAUCUCUAUCAAACAUCACAGUGAUUGUGUUUUAGUCUGUUUGAUUGUUCGUCCUGCUGCUGAAGCACAGUUUCAAUGUAGGAAAAAGUAAACGGGUAAUACUUUAUAUGUAGGCUCAUACAUGCUUGUCAUUUGAUAACAUUUUUGAUUUGAAAUCUCACUCGCUUUACAAUGAGGGUUGGACAUAAACUAUGAAUGAACGAUACUUCUCAUUGUUCAUUAAUCAUACUUCAGCAUUUAUUAUUAAUGCAUUUUUAAAAUAUAAAGUUUUGUGUUAGUUUGUGUGUGUGUGUGUGUGAGUGUGUGUAUGCAAAUGUGUGUAUUAAUGCAUUAUUGCAUUAUUAUUACAGAAUUGAAUAACUCAUAAUAAUAUUUUAUGUUUCUCGUUAGUCUCAUGAUAACAGAAAUUAAAUAUGAAAACAGCACUUCUGGAGGAACUAUGACGUCACUUUGUUGGUUAAUCGGCUGCUAGCAUAAAACUGGUUCCCUUGAUAAAAUCCCUAUUGGGUUUUCCCAUAGGCUUUACGAAGAUUGCAAAUAAUAAGCUCUGUGUUCAAACACUGUUCAUUACACUUACACGUUUUGUCCAGCCGGAUAAUCC